CCUCCGCUGCGUUCUCCUUCAGUGUGCCCUCUCGCGCUGUACAGUCCAGAAAACCCGUCAGGAACAUCCACACGGCAAAACACGAUCAUGUCUGAGAAAGGACACAAGCAGAAAGGAAGCAGUGAAGCCUGCCAUCACUGCAAGCCAAAGACCUGUGCAAACAUGGCCGUUCCUCCUGCAUACGCUGACCUCGGCAAAUCUGCCAAAGACAUCUUCAGCAAAGGAUAUGGCUUUGGAACUGUUAAGCUGGACCUGAAGACCAAGUCUCAGAGUGGAGUUGAGUUCACCACCGGCGGCUCCAGUAACACAGACACAGGAAAGGCUGCUGGAAACUUGGAAACCAAGUACAAAGUGAAGGAACUGGGAUUGAGCUUGAACCAGAAGUGGAACACAGAUAAUGUUUUGACAACCGAAGUGACUGUGGAAGAUCAGCUGACAAAAGGCCUGAAGCUGGGAUUGGACACUUCAUUUGUUCCCAACACUGGGAAGAAAAGUGCUAAGCUGAAGACGGGAUAUAAGCGUGAAUACAUGAACGUGGGCUGUGAUCUAGAUUUCGAUCUGGCUGGACCGACGGUUCACGCCGCUGCCGUUCUGGGUUAUGAAGGCUGGCUAGCUGGGUAUCAGAUGGCCUUCGACACGGCCAAGUCCAAACUGGCCCAGAACAACUUCGCUCUGGGCUACAAAGCAGGAGACUUCCAGCUACACACCAAUGUUAAUGAUGGCACAGAGUUUGGCGGCUCCAUCUACCAGAAAGUGAACGGUCAGCUGGAGACGGCGGUCAAUCUAGCCUGGACCGCCGGCAGCAACAACACACGCUUCGGCAUCGCAGCUAAAUACCAGCUAGACAAAGAUUCCUCCGUCUCUGCUAAAGUCAACAAUGCUAGCCUGGUUGGAGUGGGAUACACACAGAGCCUCCGGCCAGGUGUGAAACUCACUCUAUCGGCUCUUAUCGAUGCCAAAAACUUCAACGCCGGAGGACACAAGGUGGGCAUGGGCUUCGAGCUGGAGGUUUAACGACUGACAGACAAAAGCAGAGCGCCAUCGAUGACGGAAAGUAAAGAAAACCAGGCAUCUGACAGAACCAGUGCCUGCAAACACACACGUUGCCCCUUUUUGUCCCCCUUGUUAACUAAUCUGGCCUUAAAAUCCCCCCACAGAACCUCUCGACGAAUUAGAAUCACAAACACCAGUCACAUGAUUCCAGGCCACACCCAUUUUCCAUCACCAGCUUAAACCAUGUGACGUCACCAUAGACAUAUCAUAGCAGUAAUUGAAAGUGUACACAUGUGGCACCACAUAUCAUGUUUCUAUUCAUUUUAUUUAAUACUAGAUAAACAUUAUUGUGUUUCUGAACAGGCGCACAUGAUUGUGUGCUCAUAAUAAGAGACGCCUCUCUGGAUGCUCCUUCACUGGCGUUUUUACACUUUUAUUUUGCCAAACGUGUAAUAUUUGAUCGCACCAGUUCGUUGUCUGUGUUUGUGGGCUGGAGUUAUUCCAGAACGGUCUGUGACUUUAUUUGUUUUUAUCCCCGUACAAAAAAAACCCCAAACCGAUUCAUGUUAAAAGUGCUCAACUAGAAGAAGAAACUGAUGUGGAACUCAAUAAAGAGGAUUGCUGACUGA